AUGGGUAACUAUUUCAGUUCUAUGUUUGAUAAAUUAUGGGGUGCAAAUAAAGAGUUGCGUAUUCUAAUUUUAGGUCUAGAUGGUGCUGGGAAGACUACAAUUUUAUAUAGAUUACAAAUUGGAGAAGUUGUCACAACAAAACCAACUAUUGGUUUUAACGUUGAAACGCUGAGUUACAAAAAUUUGAAAUUAAAUGUAUGGGAUCUUGGUGGUCAAACUUCCAUUAGACCAUAUUGGCGUUGCUAUUAUGCUGAUACAGCUGCCGUAAUAUUUGUGGUAGAUUCGACAGAUAAAGAUCGUAUGAAUACUGCAUCACAAGAAUUACAUUUAAUGUUACAAGAAGAAGAAUUACAAGAUGCUGCAUUAUUAGUUUUUGCUAAUAAACAAGAUCAACCUGGUGCAUUAAGUGCAUCUGAAGUCUCGAAAGAAUUGAAUUUAGUUGAACUAAAGGAUAGAAGUUGGUCCAUUGUUGCGUCAAGUGCUAUAAAAGGUGAAGGUAUUACUGAAGGUUUAGAUUGGUUGAUUGAUGUUAUCAAGGAUGAGCAACUUUAA